GGGAAUGGGUCUGCCAAAAUAUAUUGCAAUUGCUCAUUAAUUAAGGCAUUAUUAGGCCCUUUACACACUUGGGACCCCUAUAACCUCAGAGUCUGCUUUCUCUGUAGUUACGCCCCAAGGAAUGGGUCUGCCAAUAUAUAUUGAAACUGCUCAUUAAUUAGAGCCUUACUGGACCCUCUACAUUCCUGGGCCCCUGGCAACCACAGGAUCUGCUUCUUCUAUAUUUACAACCCUGGAGGCAAAAAAGGGGUCAAGCAUUUUCCUUGUUCCGUACCACCACCAAAUUAACUUCACAUUAACAUCAGUGGCGUAACUAAAUAUUACUGGGCCCCACAACAAGUAAUUUCAUCAGGCACCCAAAAUGUCUAGAGGUUGACAAAUUUUACCAAUAUGUAUUGAAAUUAUACACAUUAUAAUUAGGGCAUUGUGGGUCCCCUAUAACCCCCCCCCUGCAGCAGCAGGAUCUGCUUCCUCUAUUGUUAUACCCUUCGCACCAUCAUAUUACUGUCUUUAUUGGCAUUGCCCAAACUGUGUCCUCCUAGGGGGGCCCAAAGCAAUGUGGCCAAGCUAGAAGGCUAUUUGAGGUCAGCAUUUUAGGUGACUGCUAAUUUAAUUUAAUUGGCUAGCCUUAGCUACAGAAAGCUGACUUUGUCACCAUAAUUUCAUAUACGGGACAUAUUGCUAUGUAAGACAGGGGGGCUGCCAAAAUCCGCCCAUUUCCUCUUUAUCCUAAAAGGUGAGUAAAUAAUGUUUGGUCCUGAAGAUGACGAUGUCCAAAAAACGGUAUCCCUUUAGCCUUUUAAGGCCCCAAGAGAACCCUGGAAUUAGCAGCAGCCUGAAUGUAGCAUUAGUUCCAUAGUUCCACUUGCGCAAAUAGGUGUUUUACAGAUUUAACUCACUAAUACAGUUAUUAAUGCAACACCAUUCUGACUGAUAUAAUAUAAUCACCCUACAGUCAAUCAAUUUUGUGAGUGCAAGCAAGCAGUGCUGCCCAGUCUCCUCCUCUUUCAUAGCAGCUUAAACUGAAUAAGUAAUUCCUAUAGCAUACUAUUAAUGGCUUGUCCCUGAGUUCUCUGUCUCUGUGUCUCCUAAUUAAUCCCUACACACUAACGUAUAUUAUUCCAUUAUUAUUCCUGUGCAUCACUGUUGGCUAUUUAUUUGAUGAGCACUUUAUAUACAUUUCCAAUAUCAGGGGAAAAAAAGAACAGAUCCCUCCCCCCCACCUGUUUUAAAGGCUCAGCAUUCAAUCUGUGGUAAUCCCUUGAUGGCCGGAGGGGGGGGGGGAGAAGAAGAGAGAGCAGAGGGAACCCUGCAGGAUGCGGGCACAGUCUGAGAAAGGGCACUACAAGAUGAGGAGGUGACUGGCACCCAUAUGUCCUCCUGCGCUGAACUGAGGAAAGAGGCGAGCGAACAAUAUGAUUGGGGUGCACUAAGGAUUUGGAGGUGCACUGAAGAGCAAAGGGAUUUAAGCUCUUAGAGCGACUUGAUGAGUCCUAACCCAUUCCCAGGCCCCCAUAAGCCAUUUUUUUGGAAAGAAUGUCAGAACCAGAAGAAAAUGACAAAGUUCCAGGCCCCGCUCCUCCGUACUCCAGCGAGGAGGCGGAGCCAUUUAUGGCAAGUGCAGAGGCGGCUCUGGUCUGUUGGCGAUACUCCAUUGAUGGAGGGCCCAUGAUGAACGGCACUGACACCUUAAAUUCCACCGCUAGCUCCCAGGCACAGAAAAGACGGCAGUACAACAGCAAGCACAAGAACCAGGGAACCGGGGGUGUUCAUAGGAGCCCAAGGGCUCUCUUUUGUCUGUACCUCAACAACCCCAUCCGAAGGGCCUGCAUCAGCAUUGUAGAAUGGAAACCAUUUGAUAUUCUCAUUCUCAUGACGAUUUUCGCCAACUGCGUGGCGUUGGGUGUCUACAUUCCAUUUCCCGAGGACGAUUCCAACAUUGCCAAUCACAAUUUGGAACAAGUGGAGUACAUCUUCCUCAUCAUCUUCACCGUGGAGUCCUUCCUAAAGAUAAUUGCAUAUGGGCUGGUCUUGCACCCUAGUGCCUACAUCAGAAACGGCUGGAACCUGCUGGACUUUGUGAUUGUUGUUAUCGGAUUAUUCAGUGUAAUUUUGGAGCAGUUCUCUCACAAGCCAGGAGACGCCCAUCACAUGAGUGGAAAACCUGGUGGGUUUGAUGUGAAAGCUCUGCGAGCAUUUCGUGUCCUGCGACCUCUCAGGCUCGUAUCUGGAGUCCCAAGUCUACACAUUGUAUUAAAUUCCAUAAUGAAAGCCAUGGUUCCCUUAUUGCACAUUGCCUUGCUAGUCCUCUUUGUAAUCAUCAUUUAUGCCAUUAUUGGGCUGGAGCUUUUCAUUGGUCGGAUGCACAAGACCUGUUUCUACAUCGGUUCCGAUCUAGUUUCAGAGGAGGAACCAGCCCCCUGUGCAUUCUCAGGACAUGGAAGAGAAUGUCUCCUCAACAAUACAGAGUGCAGGGGGAAGUGGGAAGGGCCCAACGGAGGAAUCACAAACUUUGAUAACUUCUUCUUUGCCAUGCUGACUGUUUUCCAAUGUAUCACCAUGGAAGGUUGGACAGAUGUCCUCUACUGGAUGCAGGACGCCAUGGGUUAUGAGCUGCCCUGGGUAUAUUUCGUCAGCCUUGUUAUUUUUGGAUCAUUUUUUGUCUUGAACCUUGUAUUGGGUGUGUUGAGUGGAGAAUUUUCUAAAGAAAGAGAAAAGGCCAAAGCCCGAGGUGACUUCCAGAAGUUGAGGGAGAAACAGCAGAUGGAAGAGGAUCUCAAGGGAUACCUAGACUGGAUCACCCAGGCUGAGGAUCUUGAACCUGAUCAAGAAAUCAGAGAUGAGCGGCACCGCCUGUCUCUGGCUGACAUCACUGGCAGGAGGAAGCGGAGACUCCAAUGGCUUUUGCAUGCUAACCAUUCCACAGAGACCCACACUAGCCUUCCUGCAAGUGAGACCACUUCUGUGAACACCGAGAAUAUAGAUGAGGAGCAUGCUAACUGCUGUGCCCGAUGUUUGAGCAAGCUGUCACAGACUGGGUGCUGCCGCAAGAUAAGGAGGUGGAACCGAGCUUUCCGACGGAAAUGUCGCCUGGCUGUUAAAUCGGUCACCUUCUAUUGGAUAGUUCUGCUCCUCGUCUUCCUCAACACGCUGACCAUUGCAUCGGAGCAUUACCAACAGCCAGAUUGGCUGACGGAGAUUCAAGCAUAUGCUAACAAGGUACUCCUGUCACUAUUCACACUGGAGAUGCUUCUCAAAAUGUACAGCCUUGGGUUGCAAGCCUACUUUGUGUCUUUCUUCAACCGUUUUGAUUGCUUCGUGGUGUGUGGUGGGAUCUUGGAGACCUUCCUUGUAGAAUUUGACAUCAUGUCUCCUCUGGGAAUCUCCGUCCUGCGUUGCGUACGGCUGCUGAGGAUCUUUAAAGUCACCAGACACUGGGCAUCAUUAAGUAACUUGGUGGCUUCCCUUUUGAACUCCAUGAAAUCUAUUGCUUCUCUGCUGCUGCUUCUCUUCCUCUUCAUUAUAAUCUUCUCCUUGCUCGGGAUGCAGCUCUUUGGGGGCAAAUUCAACUUUGAUGAGACCCAGACCAAGAGAAGCACAUUUGACACCUUUCCUCAGGCUCUGCUUACUGUCUUCCAGAUACUCACAGGUGAGGACUGGAAUGCCGUCAUGUAUGAUGGGAUCAUGGCUUAUGGGGGACCAUUUUUCCCCGGAAUGCUGGUCUGUGUGUAUUUUAUCAUACUCUUCAUAUGUGGUAACUACAUCCUACUCAAUGUCUUCUUGGCUAUCGCUGUGGACAAUCUGGCUGAUGGUGACAAUAUCAACAGCAAAGAUAAAAAAGAGAACAAGAAAUCAGAGAAGAAGGAUGAAAACUCUGUGAAGGUUCCGUGUGAGGAUGAGAAUGAAAACCAGCAGGAGGAAGGGAGUGAAGCAUCUGAAGAGGAGGAAGAUGAUGAGGGCAGCCUCCCAGAAUCACACUUAGAUAAAAUUGCAGACUUUGCUCCAAAAGAAAAGGUUCUUCCCAUUCCAGAGGGCAGUGCAUUCUUCAUCCUUAGUAAUACCAACCUGCUCCGUGUUGGUUGCCACAAACUGAUUCACCAUCAUAUUUUCACCAACCUCAUUUUAGUCUUCAUCAUCCUCAGCAGCAUUUCCCUGGCAGCUGAAGAUCCAAUCCGUGCCCACUCCUUUCGUAACCAUAUCCUGGGAUAUUUUGAUUAUGCAUUUACUUCUAUCUUCACAGUGGAGAUCUUGCUGAAGAUGACAGCAUAUGGUGCGUUCUUGCACAAGGGCUCUUUCUGUAGGAACUGGUUCAAUCUGCUGGAUCUCCUUGUUGUCAGUGUAUCUCUCAUCUCCUUUGGAAUUCAUUCUAGUGCAAUCUCCGUUGUUAAGAUUCUACGUGUGCUGCGAGUGUUGCGUCCACUAAGAGCCAUCAACAGAGCCAAGGGGCUUAAGCACGUGGUUCAGUGCGUCUUUGUUGCGAUCCGAACAAUCGGUAACAUUAUGAUAGUGACCACUUUGCUGCAGUUUAUGUUUGCCUGCAUAGGAGUUCAGCUUUUCAAGGGAAAGUUUUACAGUUGCACGGACGAGGCUAAACGCAGCCCAGAGGAGUGCAAAGGCACAUUUAUUAUUUAUAAGGAAGGGGACGUUUCACACCCCAUGGUGCGGGAGAGAAUUUGGCACAAUAGUGACUUCAACUUUGACAAUGUCCUGUCAGGCAUGAUGGCCCUGUUUACGGUGUCCACUUUUGAAGGCUGGCCAGCGUUACUUUACAAAGCCAUUGAUGCCUACGGAGAGAACGUAGGACCUAUUUACAAUUACCGGGUGGAGAUCUCCAUCUUCUUUAUUGUCUACAUCAUCAUCAUCGCUUUCUUCAUGAUGAACAUCUUUGUGGGUUUUGUGAUCAUCACUUUCCGAGCACAAGGAGAGCAGGAGUACAAGAACUGUGAACUGGACAAGAACCAGCGCCAGUGUGUGGAAUAUGCAUUGAAGGCUCAGCCUCUCCGGAGGUACAUCCCCAAGGCAAAGUGUCAGUACAAAGUCUGGUAUAUGGUCAACUCAACCGGCUUUGAGUACAUCAUGUUCGUCCUUAUCCUGCUCAACACUGUCGCUUUGGCUAUGCAGCAUUAUGAGCAGUCCAAACCUUUUAAUUAUGCAAUGGACAUCCUGAAUAUGGUCUUCACUGGACUUUUCACUGUGGAAAUGGUGCUAAAGCUGAUGGCAUUUCGACCCAAGCAUUAUUUCUGUGAUGCCUGGAACACAUUUGAUGCUCUCAUUGUAGUGGGCAGCCUUGUGGAUAUCGCAGUCACAGAGGUCAAUAAUGGAUGGCAUGUUGGUGAGAGUUCGGAGGAUAGCUCUCGUAUUUCCAUCACGUUCUUCAGGCUCUUCCGCGUAAUGCGGUUGGUAAAGCUUCUCAGCAAAGGAGAAGGAAUCAGGACACUGCUGUGGACGUUCAUCAAAUCCUUCCAGGCUUUGCCGUAUGUUGCUCUACUCAUCGCUAUGAUAUUUUUUAUCUACGCGGUCAUCGGCAUGCAGACAUUUGGGAAAAUUGCAAUGCAAGAUGGGAGUCAAAUCAACAGGAAUAACAACUUCCAGACCUUCCCUCAGGCUGUGCUUUUGCUCUUCAGGUGUGCAACCGGGGAGGCCUGGCAAGACAUCAUGUUGGCCAGUCUGCCUGGGAAGCGUUGUGACAGCGAGUCUGACUAUGGUCCUGGGGAGGAAUUUACCUGUGGGAGUAACUUUGCCAUUGUGUAUUUCAUCAGUUUCUUCAUGCUCUGCGCCUUCCUGAUCAUUAACUUGUUUGUGGCUGUCAUUAUGGACAAUUUUGACUACCUUACAAGGGAUUGGUCAAUUCUGGGUCCACACCAUUUAGAUGAGUUUAAGAGGAUCUGGUCAGAAUACGAUCCUGAAGCCAAGGGUCGCAUCAAACACCUGGAUGUAGUCACCUUGCUUCGCAGGAUCCAACCUCCGCUGGGUUUUGGAAAACUGUGUCCCCACCGUGUAGCAUGUAAGAGGCUGGUGGCCAUGAAUAUGCCAUUAAAUGCAGAUGGGACCGUCACCUUCAAUGCUACACUGUUUGCUCUUGUUCGAACCUCACUAAAGAUCAAAACAGAAGGUAACCUAGAUACUGCCAAUGAAGAGUUAAGAGCUGUCAUCAAAAAGAUCUGGAAAAGAACCAAGCAAAAGAUACUAGAUGAGGUUAUCCCCCCUCCUGAAGAAGAGGAGGUGACAGUGGGGAAAUUUUAUGCCACCUUCCUGAUCCAGGAUUACUUUCGCAAGUUUCGCCGAAGAAAGGAAAAGGGGCUCCUGGGAACAGAGAUUUUGCCUUGUAAUUCCACAACACUGCAGGCAGGGCUGAGGAGCCUACAGGAUCUUGGUUCAGAGAUACGACGGGCAAUAUCCUCUGAGCUGGAAGAGGAAGAAGACCUCUCUGGAUUCAGAACAAUGGGACUUCAGGUUUCAGAAGACAAAUCGGUAUGUGAAAACGUAACUUUGGUGCAGGCCACUGAAAAGAUUUUUGGGUCUGUAGUAUCUCUUACUAACUCGGUUGGAGGAGGAGGAAGAGAGGAUCAGCUACCCUCAUCCAGAAGAUCAUCACUAAUGAAUCGAUCUGUAGGAGGAUCUAAAGACAGUUUGCUGGUCCCACCCACACCACCACCUAAUGUACCAUCCAGUAUGAAGAGGAGGCAGAUGAACUCACGGAGGAGGAGCUCAGAAGGCAGCGCCAUCACUCCCACUGUACAUGAAGAGGAGGAGAGUGCAGCAGAGGAUGAGCUAAGAUCUAGACCUCCCUCACCAGGGAACAUCCCAAGCAGUGAGCUACAGCGUCAGUCUAGUUUGGAGGAGUCUCAACGGCGCUCAGCAUCUCCUCAGGAGGGAGUGAAAGUUCUGCCUCCUCCAGCUGCACCUCCACCUGGUCUCAGGGCUAACGGCACCCUGGAGGGAAGAGCAACCCAAAGAAGGCGUUUGCUGCCCCCUACCCCAGGUACCAAGACUGCAUUCAGCAUCCAGUGCCUGAAGAGACAGGGGAGCUGUGAUGAUAUACCCAUCCCAGGAACAUACCAUCAGAAUGCACCACCAUGCAGAACAAGAAGCCAGGUUUAUGGAAGUACCGAUUCCUGGCAAAGAAACAGUUACUCCGCCAAUGGAACUCACUCAUGGGCCAAUCCACCAAAGCGAGGACGCCUCCUUUAUGCACCCCUAAUACUGGUGGAGGAAGAUAGUGCACUACCUACUAUUCCCUGCGCUCACUGGUAUCAGGAGGAGGACGGGAAGACACCCUAUUGCCACUACACCCAGCUGCAUGUGCCAGGGCAGAGGCUUUCUGAAAAGAGAGGUAGCGCUGACAGUCUAGUAGAGGCAGUUUUGAUAUCAGAAGGCCUUGGGGUCUACGCACGGGACCCCAAGUUCGUUGCUUUCGCCAAACGUGAGAUCGCAGACGCCUGUCAGAUGACCAUUGAUGAGAUGGAGAGUGCCGCCAGCGACUUGCUAAGUCAGAGCAGAAAAGGCAGUUGGACUGGAAAUAAUGGGCACUCCUACCGAGAUGAGACGUGGAAUGGACUUUUGUACAGCGAUGAAGAAUCUAUACACUGCCGAGAAGAAGAGGAACUAAGAGACGAGAUGGCCUGUGUGUCUUCAUUCUAAGACUUUAAAGAACAAGUGUAAAUCAGCAGUAAAUGCCUAUAUGCUAUGCCACUCCUAUAAUUACAAUCACAUUAACCCUAGGCUGGUGCUCCUCUUCACUUAAUAUUGCACCAACUCAAUCUUGAGGAGCACUGGUCCAGGGUUUACAGUUAGCUGUAAAAGUUGGGGCUGCCUAACAUACAGGCAACCCUCAAAGAUUUGCACUGUCCUUUAACAGAUGACUUCCUCCUGAGAUUGUCCAGGUUUUGGCAGAACAGUCCCGAAUUGCAGUUCCCAAAAGAUGUAGCUCUUUCCAAAAAAGCAGGUAGGGUUUUGGGUGGGUUUGUCUCGAAGUAACCAAAUGUUGGUUGGUAUGACGUUUUCUCUCAGUGUUAAGGCAUUCCGUAUUAGAUGGAGAUACUGUGAGACCCUUUGCUGAAAUAAUGGUGGUCUCUCUACCAACAAGGGCAGAAAUGUAGGUUAGAAGUUGAAUUCACAGCCAAACCUUGUAAUUCACAGCACAAUGCUAAGGUCUAAUUGUAAUGUAUUAUUUUUUUCACAUAUUUGUAAGUGUAUAUAGCAAAUUUAAUUUAAUAAAAAAGUGGAAAAACA